AAGAUCGCUAUUGCCAUCAAAAAUCAGCCGCCACUCCAUCAUCAAAAGCAAACAAAUCGCCCCUGUUGUCCUUAGAAGAGCAAGUGGAGACCACUUUAUAAACAAUCACCACAGUCCCACAAUCCAAUACCAUUUUUUCAUUCCUCGAUUUUGACUGCUCUGAAUUCACACUUAACAUCCAGAAAAGCUGCAGCAUCUGCUUUCUCCAUUAUCAAUUUCUGUCAUCAUAAAUCUAAAUUCUAAACCAAAGUUCCCUCCUUUGUUAACUGCUUCUUUUGAUACCAUGAGUAUUUUCAGGUGGGUUACCUUGGUUUGGGUCGUCUUCUUUCUUUUGUUGACUCCGAUUUUGAGCUUAAAUGGGUCGUCAUCGGAUUUGUCAACAAGGUUUCUCAAUUAUGCCAAAAGAGAGGAGCUUGUUAAUUGGAUGGUGGGUAUAAGAAGAAAGAUACAUGAGAACCCAGAAUUGGGUUAUGAGGAAUUUGAGACUAGUAAGCUUAUUAGAGCAGAAUUAGAUAAAAUGGGUAUUGAAUAUAAAUAUCCACUUGCAGUUACAGGCUUGGUUGGCUUUAUUGGAACUGGCAAACCUCCCUUUGUAGCAAUAAGGGCAGACAUGGAUGCUCUUUCUAUGCAGGAAAUGGUGGAGUGGGAGCACAAAAGUAAAGUUCCUGGAAAGAUGCAUGCUUGUGGACAUGAUGCUCAUGUCACAAUGCUUCUUGGUGCUGCAAAGAUCCUUAAAGAGCAUCAGGAAGAGUUGAAGGGUACAGUUGUUCUUGUUUUCCAACCAGCUGAGGAAGGAGGUGGUGGGGCAAAGAAGAUGAUAGAUGAAGGAGCAUUAGAGAAUGUCAAUGCUAUCUUUGGGUUACAUAUUGACCCCAGUUUGCCAAUUGGUCAAGUGACAUCCAGACCAGGUCCUCUACUGGCUGGGAGUGGCUUUUUUGAAGCAGUAAUAAGCGGGAAAGGAGGUCAUGCUGCCCUUCCUCAGCAGUCAAUAGACCCAAUAUUGGCAGCUUCUAAUGUGAUUGUUAGCUUACAACAUCUUGUUUCACGGGAAGCUGAUCCACUGGACUCACAGGUGGUGACAGUUGCAAAAUUCCAAGGAGGUGGUGCAUUCAAUGUUAUUCCAGAUUCCGUUACAAUUGGUGGCACCUUCCGGGCCUUUUCACGGGAAAGCUUUAUGCAACUUAGGCAGCGAAUUGAGGAGGUCAUCACAGGGCAAGCUUCUGUGCAGAGGUGUAAAGCAACUAUUAAUUUUCUCCAGAAUGACAAGCCCUUUUUCCCUCCUACCAUAAAUGAUAAGCAGUUGCACAAGUACUUCAAAGUUGUAGCAGGUGAUGUGUUUGGCAUUGAUAAAGUGAAAGAUAUGCAACCAUUGAUGGGAUCUGAGGAUUUUGCAUUUUACCAAGAGGUGGUACCUGGAUAUUUUGCUUUUAUUGGAAUGCAGAAUGAGACACGCAAACGGCUUGAAUACGUGCACACUCCCUUCUUUGAAAUCAACGAGGAUGUCUUUCCUUAUGGUGCUGCACUACAUGCAUCAUUGGCUGCUAGGUAUCUUCUUGAAUCCCAACUGGAAGUUCCUUUGCUGGAAGAAAAGCAUCAUGAUGAACUGUGAGGUGCUUGUUGUCUGCCUUUACAAUCAAUAUAAUUUUCUUGUUGACUUGAAAACCUUGAAAUUUUUUCAAGUCAAUGUUCUGAUUCUUCUUCUGAUGUAUAUAUGACUUAUUAUUCUAGUUGAACUGGUCUAUCAAUAUCAGGAUAUUAAGUAUUUUUUGCA